AAUUAUCCGGUCAGCGACAAGUUUUAAUGUUAUUUUUUACUUUCAAAAGGAACCAUACCAGACUUAACAACAAACAGAAUGAGAAAAGCAAAAGGGCGAGUAUAAAAUAAAAAUACCUCAUACAGCACAAUAGUAAAAAAAAAGAGAUGAAAAUGGAGGAAGAAAGUAGCGGUAUCAGCAAGAACGAAGGAUUUAAAUUAGGAAUUGAAGAACAAUGGAUUUGGGCUGGAGCAAGCAUUGCUCAACUGGGUUGGGGAAUCAAAUCUUACAGGAAAGGUUUUUCGGGAGAUUCUAAGUUCAUGCCUUUGAAGGCUUUUUCUGUUGCGUCUCUCUUCGUUGGUGCUGCUGCCACUGCCUCUUUUGGUGUCCUUAGAGCAUGUGGCAUUCAUAAAGUGGAAGAUUUGAUAAAAGCCGGUGCUAAUAUCCGAUCUGGACUGGGUGUUCCUCCUCGAAAAAAGGGUGGUAGCUAAGGCCAACGAAUUCCUAACUAGGUCUAUUUCAACUCAAGAGCACAAGCUUGACAAAUUUCAUUUGGGCCCAACUGAAGUGAAUUGUCAAUACAGGAUUGCAGGUGCUUCAGGCUUGUUUAACUUUUUUUAAAGCUCAAAUUUUGUCUGAGAAUGGUAAUUUGUUUGUGAUAAUAUUAACAGUGCCUUGUUAUUAUUAUUAUGAUGAUAAAUAAUGAGAAUCAAUGUUUAGAAUUUGAGAUUCAGUUGA